CGAUAGCUGCGCCGAGCCGCCUCUCCCAGUGUGGCGGAUGGUUCCUUAUCUCUCGCCACCUUCGGCUGAAGCGACGAGUCCUUCCGACGUGUUUCAGAGCGUUUCAGAGGAGCGACGCAGCCGAGAGGAGCGAGAGAGACUUCACUCACAACUUCUCUCCACUCCACUCCGCGCUGCGAGCUCCGGGACAACUCUUUGAACCGUGCUCGUGCUUUUAAAGAGACGUGCGUGGCGACGGACGCAGUGCAGAGCGGCAUAAAGAGGCUCUUUCAUGUCGAACACACACAUGUACAUGAACGGGGAGGCGCACACGGGACUAUCUCCUGUCCGGAGGAAGUAAUCCGGUAUCUGCGCGUAAAAGGGAGAGAUGCUUGGUGGCCACGUCCCCUUGGAGACUGGAGAGGCAACACGUGAUGAGCUUUACUUAUCAGGUUUAGAGGCAGAGAGACACCGAGAGAGAGAGAGAGAGAGAGGGGGAGAGAGAGAGGACACACUUCAGGGAGUCCGAGGAGGAAUUAAACAAACCAACUAACUCGAAACUGUUUUCCUCUCGACGAACUCCUUUUUCCUCGAGGCUUCUUCUGCUGCUUCUUCUUUUUUUUCUUCUUUUUUGUUGUUUCUCCUCCGGGAGAGGAGAGAGGAAGAGAGGAGGAGGAAGAGAGGAGGGAGGGGAGGAGAGGAGGAGGAGGAGGAGAAGCCGGAGUAAAGUUUGUCCAAGUUUGCACAUCCCUUCGGAAACGCCAUUUUGAUUCCUCUGCGGAGCAAGUUUGCAGCCUCUCUCUCUGUCUCCCUUCUUUUUUUUUUUUUUUCUUCAUCACCCCCCCCCCCACCCUUCCUUUUUAUCAUCCACCAUCACCACCGUUCAUCAUCAUCAUCCUCAUCGCCCCCCCACCGCCGCCGCCGCCACCAUCAUCCUCCUCGCCACGAUGUCUCGGCGCAAGCAGCCCAACCCCAACAAAGUGAAGCUGUGAGCAGUGGUCGCAGACACACACACAACAACAAACCCCGCCCCCUUCCUCCCGCAUCGCCCCCCCGAGCGACACUGAGCGUUGCUUUGCGAGAGAAAAAAAAAGGACGGCGGUCAUGGAGAACUGCGCAGAGGAGCCGCGAGGGUUGAUGAACGAGCAGGCAUCGCCGCUAUUGGACGACAAAACGCACCAUAUCCUCAAAGCGAUCAGCGCUGUGACGGAGGAGGCGGCGAGCGGAGGAGAGAAGCUACAGAACGGAGACCGAGGAGGAAUCAUGGGAGCCGAUGGAGGGGGAGACCUGUCCUCCAUCAACGCCAUGAUGUCAGCGGUGAUGUCGGCAACGGGGACCAUCAAUGGCGGAGGAGACGGAGAAGGAGAGAGUGGAGUCACCUCAGCCAACUCGUCCACCGGGCCGUCGCCGAGCUCGUCCCCCACAAAGUCACUCACAGCGGCCAUGAGAGCCCCGCCCAGCCGCAACGCACGGCGUAUACAGGACACCAAAGACGAGAGCUCUGCUUUUAUCUGUCCGCUGUGUGACAAGGACUGUCAAACACAACACUCGCUCACCAUGCACAUCAGACAGCACAAUGCUGACGCUGGAGCGACGGACCACUCCUGCAGCAUCUGUGGGAAGUGUCUGAGCUCGGCCUCGUCGUUGGACAGACACAUGCUGGUCCACAGCGGGGAGAGACCCUACAAGUGUAACGUCUGUGGACAGACCUUCACCACCAACGGCAACAUGCACCGACACAUGAAGAUCCAUGAGAAGGACCCGGCCAGCGGGCUGCUCCCCGUCAGCCCCCCCUCCCCCAACAAGCGCCGCCGUCCGUCCGUCAAGAGGAGGCAGAGUCCGGAGGAGGAGACGGGGGAGGAGCCUCCCAGCAAGAAGGUGGUGGAGGAGGCGACGGCGGAGGAGUCGGCGGCGGCGGUUCGAGGAGGUGAAGCGGAGCUGCUGCCGUGUCCAAUCUGCUUCAAGACCUGCAGCUCCAGACUGGAGCUGGACACACACAUGGACACACACCCCGACACCGCACUGAGGUGCGACCUCUGCUGCCUGUCCUUCCGAACUCACCGAGGCCUGUUGCGUCACAACGCCGCGGUCCACAAGCUCCUCCCCCAGGACCCCAGUGGGCGGCCCUUCAUCCAGAGCAACCCCUCCAUCCCCACCGGCUUCAACGACCUCGCCUUCAUCGACUUCUCCUGCAAGAAGUUCGCCCACAUCGCCCAGGUCUGGUGUGAGACGAAUCUCCGGCGCUGCGUCAGUAAGUUCCACCGGUUCGUCUGCGAUAGCUGCGACCGGGCGUUCCCUCUGCGCUCGGCCCUGGAGCUCCACAAGACCACCUCCCACCCCACACCGGGGAUGAUGGAGGAGAUGGAGGACAUGGAGGACAUGGAGGACAUGGAGAUGGAGGAGGAGGAGGAGGAGGAGGAGGAGGAGGAAGAAGAGCAGCAGCAGGAGGAGGAGGAAGAGGAGGAUGGAGGAGACAAUCCGAAUGUUGAGAAAGAAGUCGGGUCUUCGGAGCAGGACGGCUUCCUGGAAGCUCUUGGUCUCCGGCACAUUUCUAAGGUGAAGUCCGGACCCACGGACGAUGAGAUCCACCAGGCCCACCUGGACAGCAUCAAGGUGAUCCACGUGGAGCCUCCGUCCUCCAGCCUCCCCCAGGAGCCGGCCUCGGCCUAUCUGUCCGGGGGUCGGGGGCUGACCCUGGGUCUGGGACUGGGCGGCCUGGCGGCCUCGGGCUCCGCCUCCGCCCUGCAGGGCCUCUCCCAGAGGGACGCCAUGAGCCUGCUCUCCCUGCAGCCCUUCCAGGCCGGCUUCCUGCUGCACUCCGGAGGCGGCGCCGCCACCGCCAGCGCCGCCUCCUCGGGGGUCAAACCCGGGGAGGCGGGAGGAGCCGGGGUCACGGAGCUGGCCGACAUCCAGCAGAUGCUCAAGGUGGCGAGCGCGGCGCCCAAUCAGAUGGGGCUGAGCCUCCUCCCGCCGCUGGCCAAGGCUCCGGGGUUCGCCGGAGGUCAAGGUCAAGUCCAGGGCCAGAAGGCGAUGCCUCCGCUGAAGCCCAAACCGCCCACGACCCCUCGCUCCAGCCUCACGGCGACGACUCCGCCCCCCCUCCAGAGUUCCCAGCAGGCCUCGCUGGGCUGCAUCAGCCCCAGCCUGCCGCCUCCCACCCCGACGCUCUUCAAAACGCCCUCCUCGUCCUCCUCUUCGUCCUCCUCCUCCUCCUCGGUCGGGAACGGAGGGCAGCUGGACGGCGAGUGCACGGGCGACGCUCACACGCCUCAGUCCGAUUCGCCGCCGGCCGCGACCACGGCGGCACACGAGGAGCUCAGCGGCGGGAGGAAGCCGGGAAGCAAAGGCGGGAGCAACGCCAACGCCGGCUCGGCCAAAGGCACGUUCCCCUGCCGGUUCUGCGACCAGGUGUUCGCGUUCUCCGGCGUCCUGCAGGCCCACAUGCGCUUCCACCUCGGCAUCCUCCCGCACCAGUGCAACAUCUGCGACUACGUGGCGCCGGACAAAGCCACGCUGAUCCGACACCUGCGGACGCACAGCGGCGAGCGGCCCUACGUGUGCCGCGUCUGCCAUUACCCGUUCACCGUCAAGGCCAACUGCGAGCGCCACCUCAGGAAGAAGCACGCCAAGAACUCGAGGAAGGAGAUCGAGAGGAACAUCAAGUACGUCACCUCCACGGCCACGGCUAACCUCGCCACGGCGAUCACCGCCACCACCACCCAGGACACGGAGACCGCCGGAGCCGAGACCACGUGCCGGUUCUGCGGCGAGGACCUAAAGACCUACCGGGCGCUGCAGAUCCACCUGCGCACGCACAACGGCUGCCAGAGGAAGCCGUUCGAGUGCCGGCGCUGCGGCGCCGCUUUCCUGGCGAAACGCAACUGCAUCCACCACCUGCUCAAGCAGCACCCCGAGGUGCAGGAGAGGGAGAUCGAAGAGCACAUCGCCACGCUCCUCCCCGCCGGCACGCCCUCCGCCGGCCGAGCGGCUCCGGCGAGUCAGGCGACCGCCAACGGGCUCGGCCAGCUCCGCUCCGUGAAGGUGGAGGAGCUGGCCAACGCGGUUUACGCCGCGGAGCUGGACCAGCCGCUGGACUUCUCCGCCAAGGGUCGCGGCAGCACCGGCACCGGCGGCGGCAGCACCGGCGGCGGCGGCGGCGGCAGCACCGGCGACAGCCAGGCCGGCUCUCCUGGGGUCAAGCUGGAGAGCGUCUCGCCGAGCUUCGACUGCUCCGCCCUGGACCAGCCCAUCGACCUGUCCGUCCCCAGCAAGAGGCAGAAGAGGGAGAUCAAGGUGGAGCCGGGCGGCGUCGCGGAGCCGCCGACCAAGGAGGAGAAGGCGGCGAGCGCCCUGCCCCCCCUGCACCCCCACCCCCAGCUCGGCUGCUACCAGCUCCCCCCGGGGUCCACCCCUCCGCCGGCCUCCCUCCCCAACGCCAUGCGAGCCCAGCGCCUCAAGCCGCUGCUCCCCAAACCGCCCUCCUCCGCCCUCAAGGAGCUCCCCCCUCUGGCCUCCAUCGCUCAGAUCAUCCACUCCGUCUCCGGAGCGCCGGACCUGCUGAAGAGAGAGGUCGCCCCCCUGCCGGAGGUCAGACCCCCGCCGGAGGUCAGACCCCCCCCGGAGGUCAAACCCACGCCGCCCAUCGCUUCCUCCACGGCCAACGCCCCUGGACCCUCGGUCGCUCUGGAGCCGCCGGGCGAGGAACCGUCUGAGGGAUCCUCCAGGAAGCGGUCCAGGAAGAAGCACGCGAAGGAGAAAGCCGUGGCGAGCGGCGGCGGCGUGGACCUGGAGUCCAGCGGCGAGUUCUCCAGCGUGGAGAAGAUGCUCGCCACCACCGACGCCAACAGGUUCAGCACCUACCUGCAGACCGGAGACCUGGGGGGGAAGAGAGACGCAGAGCGAGCGGGAGGCGGCGAGGAGAAGGAGGGCGGAGCCAGGGAGGAGGCGAGGGUGGGGCCGCAGUCCAAAGGGAAGAAGAACGCCUACUCCAACUCGGUCCAGAAGAUGACCUGCCCCUUCUGCCCCAGAGUGUUCCCCUGGGCCAGCUCCCUGCAGAGACACAUGCUGACACACACAGGCCAGAAGCCGUUCCCGUGUCCAAAGUGCGACGCCUUCUUCUCCACCAAAUCCAACUGUGAGCGCCACCUGCUGCGGAAACACGGCGUGACGCACCGAACGCUGCGGCGCAAUGGGGCCCUCGGCAAGAAGGACGGAGACGAGGGCUCGCACGACAGCGCAGAGAGUCAGUCAGAAACGGAGCAGAUGGCACCAGAAGCUCAAGACCUCGGCAGCGCCAACACCUCCAUCGAUUCAGGCUCCGCCCCCACGUCAGAUAGCCCCGCCCCCUCGGACCAACAGGAGGCGGACUCCACACAGUCGAGCCCCACCCACAAACACAGCCGCGGUUGCAGUCCGGGGGCGGACCAGCAGGAUUCAGACGCCACGGAGCAGUCGGACCAGCAGGGGGCGCCAGAGCCCCGAGCAGCACCAGGGAGACGGCCCCCACCGAGCAGCAAGAUGGACAGCGGAGACGAUGACGACUGUCACAGCAACACGAGUCUGGACCUGAACUUUGGUAAAAAGCUCAUCGGCUUCAAGCUCUCGGCGUCCUCGGGCUCCGCUCAGGAAGAACAGCCUUCCCAGCCUGCGUCCUGCUCCUCCUCCUGCUCCUCCUCCUGCUCCUCUACCCCCUCGGUUCCUCAAGGAGAACCGGAGAGCCAGGAGAAGGAGCGAGGAGCCUCCUCCUCCUCGUGCGGCAGCCCGGCGGCGUCGCGGCAGCCGGAGUACAAACACGUGUGUCGAGUGUGCAAGAAGAGCUUCCGCUACGCCGCCACGCUCGCUCGCCACGAGAGGGCGCACCUCUCCGAGGACCCGCCUACGAAGGAGGAGGAAGAGGAGGAGAGCAAUGGGGCCAAACCAACAAAGGGGGAGGAGGAGGAGGAGGAGGAGGAGGAAGAGGAGGAGGUGGAAGAAGCGGUAGGGGUGAGGGAAGGGGAGAGCGAAGGAGGGGAGAGCGGGGAGUCGGAGGAAGAGGAGGAGGAAGAGAAGGAGAAGGAGGAGAGGAGCGACGAGGAGGCGUCGGAACCAAAGAGUUUAGAGGCGUCGGGGGGGCGACUGGACAAGAGGAAGAAGAUCUGCAACGUCUGCGGAAAGAGAUUCUGGUCUCUGCAGGACCUGACCCGACACAUGAGGUCCCACACAGGUGAGCGGCCCUACAAGUGUCAGACCUGCGAGCGCACCUUCACCCUGAAGCACAGCCUCGUCCGCCACCAACGGAUCCACCUGAAGCCCCGCGGGGCCGACGCGGCCGCCAACGACGAGGCCAGCGAGGACGGGGACUCCUGCGCGCCGACGCCGCCCUCCACCUGCCCGCCGUCGGAAAACGAGAGCGAGUGCGGCGCCGAGGAGGAGGAGGAGGAGGGCGAGGAGGAGGAGGUGAAAGUGAAAGAGGAGGGCGAGGAGGCAGCGGACACGUUGGAGGAAGAAAAGAACCCAGAAAAACCAACCGAAGCUCCAACAGUCCCGUCUGAAGACUCGACUCCCGGCCAACAAGCUACUGACACAAAGACGACUACUGGCGCCGACGACCUGAAGACGGCGCCCGGAUUAAACGCCUCCAAAGACCCCUCCCCCUUUCCCUGCCCCUCCCCCUCCAGCUCUCCCCCAGAGGAGUCGCCCCCGGCUGCCCCAGCAGAGGGCUUCAUCCAGGGUCUGCUGGAGAUCCCUGUGGAGCACAUGUUGCCCAAUGGGGAGCCUCCCCUGGGGGGGGUAGACUGACCCCCCCCUCCGCCCCCCUCCCCCCACCACAGUGCCAUACGACCAUUGUUGAUGAUGCAAAAAAUAUAAAUCAGCCCGGAAAAACUAUUUUUUGAUAGAAAGGAAAACCGUGUUUUCUUGAAGUGCCUUACUACUAGUCCGACUUCUUUGCUGAAUCUUUAUCCGCUUUAUUACGGAGGAUGGAUCUAAUUUUUAUAGCUUUUUAUGAUGACAAUGAUUUGCAUUAUUAUUAUUAUUAUUAUUUUUCUUCUUUUUUUUUUUGUGCGGGGAAUCUAUAUUUCAGCAAUAAUAAAAAUAAAAAGAAUAAAGUUAUGAUUUAUUAUUGUUCCUAGAUUCUAUUUGAGAAUUGCUGAUCAACUUCGGAGGCGCAGAGGGACGAAGACCCCGUCCUAAGGGGGGCGGGCGGGGGAGGGGGGGUCCUAAAGAACCCACCGGACCUUUUUGAUAUUUGUGCAUGAAUUCAAACUGGUGGAAACCCAGUUUCACCAGCAGCGUGAUGACUUCCACCCGGUGGCCGUUUCCAAGGAAGCUUUUUGUAACUGGAAAUACCCCCAACCCCCCCCACCCCCCCCC